AAGAGUCACAGUGACAACUGAUAUGAGUGCUUAUAUUGUGACUCCUGUAUGUGCAUUAGGUAUUCCACUGACCGAUGUUUCUUAGGUAGAGGGAAUAUUGGUACAACUCUUUGGAUGUGGAAAUGUGUUUUUAAAGCAAUGUAGACGGACAGUCAACUUCAUUCAAAAAGAUAAGCAAUCGUAGAUCAUAUCCUCUUCAUCAGAAAUGAGUCGUGCAUUUCUUUAUAUGACACAAGUAAUGUUAGUCGUUUACAGUUGCGGCAGAAGGUUUUAUGUUGUUGGCGAAAAUAGCGUGGAUGGAAAGAAUCUUGUUGAUAUUGGAAGGAAAGUUGAUAAACCUAUCUUAAGUCUGCUGGGAAGAGUAAUUAUCGGCCUGGAAGACAAAUAUCAUAGCUUGAAAAAAAAGUACUCUAAGAUAAGUGACAAACUAUGCCUGUUGCGUACAUGCAAUGACUGGACUGAAUGGUCGCAAUGUGAUACAAGCAUGCAUGGUGGGCAGUUUGGAAUCCAAGAACGAAACAGAACGUGUGAUGGCAAUAUCAAAAUAUGUAAAGGAAGUUCCUCAUCUGAAGUACAGACUGAGUCUACAAUUUGCGAACAAAUGUGUCCAAUCCAUUAUAAUAGCACUUAUCGUGGACAUUGUCUGAAGAUGUACUUAAAUCAGAAGAGUAGAAGUGAUGCGGAGAAUACUUGUCGGCUUGAUGGCGGUCAUCUUGUUAAUAUUGACUCCAUGCGGAAGGUCCGUGAUGUAGAGGAAUUACUGCGCGAGCAUUCGGUAAAUUCCUCAGGACUAUGGAUAGAUGGUAUCCGAUCUGAAGGCAGCCAUGAAUGGAAAUAUAAUGUUCAACCUUUGGAUCCUACAUUUACCUACUGGGAUGUAGCACAAGGCGAACCUCACCUAAGUUCUGAACAACUGUGCAAGGUUUUCUAUUUUGGAAUGACAUCAAAAUUGUGGCGCUGGCAUGAUGGAGGUUGUACAAACAAAUAUAUAUUUACAUGUGAAAUAAUCAGACAAUAAAACUUAACCUGAUUC